GGUAAUUUAAAAGACAUGGAAAUACCUGUGAAGCAUAUUUUCUGUAGAAUCACUUCUUAAGCACAUAGGUUCCCAAAAUACUGGAUAGACAAUAAUUCUAGGUGGUUAUAACAAUAUCAGGGUGGAUCAUUGAUGAGAAAGAUUCAUGCCUUAGUGGGAAUUGAGAGCAACUAAGCCUGGAUAAAAUAAAUCUCAUCUAACUUAUUAUGAAUUCUCUCAAUCCUUCAAGGUUUACCUUAUCUUCUAUUUCCCCACAUACCAAACUGUUGGCUGAAAUUCUAUCCACCUUUAGAGUUUAUCUCAAAAACUAUUUUUACCAUGAAGCCUUUCUUUAUUUUGCCAACCAUUUCAGAUCUCCUUACCUUGGGUUCCCAUAGUUAUUUUAUUUGUAACUUGUUCUGACUCUUACUGUAAAUGAUUUUUUUUUCCUCUUGAAAUUGUGCUUGCUGAACUCUUGGGAACAGAAAUCUUUGAUUCUUCUGCUGUGUCUAGCAUAUUGCUUUGUCUUUGUUAGUUGGGGAAGAGUGAGGAGACCUUGUGAGAAACCAAAACUCUACCUUCUAGUUGUGAUAGUAGGAGCUAACAUUUACUGAGUAAAGGGGCCUGAAGCUUAUGUAAUUUAAUGGGUCCUCUAUAAAAAAGUAUAAAAUUAUGGUACACAAUUGCUGGGGCCCAUUCUGUCACUCUGGAAGAGGUCUGUUCUAGUGAACUGCACUGAAGCUUAAGCUUCAUUAGCUCUGCAUAACUCUGUCUCCAACUGAGAAAAUACUUUGUGCCUGGCAGUAUUCUAAGUCUAUUCUUGUUUAAUCUUGACAACUUUAAGAGGUAAAGUUUGACAAAGAAACAGUAAGCAAUUUGACCACAGUCACACAGUUACCAGCCCUCUGAGGGGCAGUAAGUGGAAUGAGGCAGCGUUAAGGUAUGCCAGUCUAAAUAAUUUGUAUUACAGACAAUGGGGAGUUGUCCACAUAAGUUUUGGAGCUAGAGGUUCAUUGAGAUUAAUAUGUGAGAUAAGUAAGCCUAUGUGCUUAAUAAGUAAAAUUAUGUAAGUUAUGAAAUAAAAUGCAGAAGAUAUUAGAGGUAAGGUUCUUAAGCCUUCCCAAGAGCCUAGUAACCUGAUAAUCAUUGUAUUAAUUGAAAAUAGAGAAGAAGAGCCAAAUGUAAGGGUUUUAUAUGAAGGAAAGAUGAAUAGGAGUUGAUGACAGGCUAUAGACAUUGACAAGGAACAGUAUCUGUUAAAACUGUAGUAGAGGCAUUCAUGAUUUUUUUUCAGCCAUUCAAAUAAUAGGGAAAGGAACUAAAGCACAGAGAAGUUAAAUAACUUGCCAAAACUCAUCACACAACUAAUAGAAUCUAUCUGAUUUUGUAUAUUCUGUUCUGUCCACAUAGUACAGGAGCACUGAGCCAGGUUUGAAUAUGAAUCAGGCUGCACAAAUACCAGUAUAGCCAAGGAAAUAGAAACAUAAGGAGGAAAAUGCACCUUAUAAGAGGAGAUGAAUUCAAUUUUACAUGUAACCAUCAUUAUUUCAACUCAUUGUGUAAUUUAAUGUGGACAAACUACAUUCAUGGGUGGCAGGAUCGUUGGGUAGUUUUGAAAAAUAAUACUCUGAGUUACUACAAAUCUGAAGAUGAGACAGAGUACGGCUGCAGAGGAUCCAUCUGUCUUAGCAAGGCUGUCAUCACACCUCAUGAUUUUGAUGAAUGUCGAUUUGAUAUUAGUGUAAAUGAUAGCGUUUGGUAUCUUCGUGCUCAGGAUCCAGAUCACAGACAACAAUGGAUAGAUGCCAUCGAACAGCACAAGACCGAAUCUGGAUAUGGAUCUGAAUCCAGCUUGCGUCGACAUGGUUCUAUGGUGUCACUGGUGUCUGGAGCAAGUGGCUAUUCUGCAACAUCCACCUCUUCAUUCAAGAAAGGUCACAGUUUACGUGAAAAACUGGCUGAAAUGGAAACCUUUAGAGAUAUCCUGUGUAGACAAGUUGAUACUUUACAGAAGUACUUUGAUGCCUGUGCUGAUGCUGUCUCCAAGGAUGAACUUCAAAGGGAUAAAGUGGUAGAAGAUGAUGAAGAUGACUUUCCUACAACACGUUCCGAUGGAGACUUCUUGCAUAAUACUAAUGGCAAUAAGGAAAAGUUAUUUCCACAUGUAACACCAAGAGGAAUUAAUGGUAUAGACUUUAAAGGGGAGGCGAUAACUUUUAAAGCAACUACUGCUGGAAUCCUUGCUACACUUUCUCAUUGUAUUGAACUGAUGGUAAAACGUGAGGACAGCUGGCAAAAAAGACUGGAUAAGGAAACUGAGAAGAGAAGAAGAAUAGAAGAAGCAUACAAAAAUGCCAUGACAGAACUCAAGAAAAAAUCCCACUUUGGAGGACCAGAUUAUGAGGAAGGUCCAAACAGUCUGAUUAAUGAAGAAGAGUUCUUUGAUGCUGUUGAAGCUGCUCUUGACAGACAAGAUAAAAUAGAAGAACAGUCACAGAGUGAAAAGGUCAGAUUACAUUGGCCUACAUCCAUGCCAUCUGGAGAUGCCUUUUCUUCUGUGGGGACUCAUAGGUUUGUCCAAAAGCCCUAUAGUCGCUCUUCCUCCAUGUCUUCCAUUGAUCUCGUCAGUGCCUCUGACGAUGUUCACAGAUUCAGCUCCCAGGUUGAAGAGAUGGUGCAAAACCACAUGACUUACUCAUUACAGGAUGUAGGUGGAGAUGCUAAUUGGCAGUUGGUUGUAGAAGAAGGAGAAAUGAAGGUAUAUAGAAGGGAAGUAGAAGAAAAUGGGAUUGUUUUGGAUCCUUUGAAAGCUACCCAUGCAGUGAAAGGCGUUACAGGACACGAAGUCUGCAAUUACUUCUGGAAUGUUGAUGUUCGCAAUGAUUGGGAAACAACUAUAGAAAACUUUCAUGUGGUGGAAACAUUAGCUGAUAAUGCAAUCAUCAUUUAUCAAACGCACAAGAGGGUGUGGCCUGCUUCUCAGCGAGAUGUAUUAUAUCUCUCUGCCAUUAGAAAGAUACCAGCCUUGACUGAAAAUGACCCCGAAACUUGGAUAGUGUGUAAUUUUUCUGUGGAUCAUGACAGUGCUCCACUAAACAAUCGAUGCGUCCGUGCCAAAAUAAAUAUUGCUAUGAUUUGUCAAACCUUGGUAAGCCCACCAGAGGGAAACCAGGAGAUCAGCAGGGACAACAUUCUAUGCAAGAUUACGUAUGUAGCUAAUGUGAACCCUGGAGGAUGGGCACCAGCCUCAGUGUUAAGGGCAGUGGCAAAGCGAGAGUAUCCAAAGUUUCUAAAACGCUUUACUUCUUAUGUCCAAGAAAAAACUGCAGGAAAACCUAUUUUGUUCUAGUAUUAACAGUGACUGAAGCAAGGCUGUGUGACAUUCCAUGUUGGAGGAAAAAAAUAAAAAACAAAAUUGAAUGCUCUAAGCUGGAACGUAGGAUCUAUAGCCUUGUCUGUGGCCCAACACCCUGGCCUUGUGUACAAAAAUGAAGAAAUAUUGCAAUAGCAAAGGUGAACAUCUAACACUAGCUGUCUCCUGCUAGAUCUCCUCGCUCAGCAUAUAACUAUAAAUACAUGUAAAAUUACAUGUAUAUGGCUAUAUUUUUAUUUGCUUGCUCCUAGAAGAGAAAAAAAAAAAAAAUCAACUUUGAAUCACAACUAGGAAUUGAUGCUUUAAUUUUUGGAAACUUUUUCAGAAUUUUUAAUUUACUAUGGUCCGGCCUAAGAUCCUCAUUUGUAUCAGGUUUUGUGCACAAAAGAAAAGCACAAAAGUUGAAUGCACAUGGGGCAUGUGCUUUCUGUGCACCAAAUAUCUGGAUGGGGUUCUUUUUUCAGGCCUAUGGUUAAAUCUGUGUUCAGAAUUUUUUGACUUUUUUGCUUUGUAUAAUCAUAGAAUUCAUUGCUGCUGAUUUCUAUAAUGAUUCAUGUUACGUAAAGUGUCUCUUAAUAACUGAGGGCUGUCAAAUAACCUGUGAUUUCACCUUUUCUAUAGUCUUACUCCUAUGAAGAACCUUGGUUCUGAUGGAGAAAGAGUGAAAAGCUUUAUUUUUUCCCCCAGGUAUCUUUAUAUUUCUAUUGUAUUUUUAGUUGUGUAAUGUGUGCUACAGAUUUUUUUCAGUUUGUUUACAAACACAAUUUGGUAAUUCCUAAAUUGGUUCUGUCUGCCUCCAAAUGGAAACAGAAAUCUUGUGGGUAUAAACUACUUUUUGGUACAGUGGUAAGGAUAAAAUGAGCUCAUAUUUUCUCAAAAUUUGUAAGAGGAUGUACGGUAUUUCUUGUUAAGGUAAAUCAAGCUGUUGGGGUUUGACAUUUGAUUCAGUAUUUCUGGUGUUCGUAACAGGCCUGUUUGUCAGUUCUUCUAAUUUGGCUCAGUUUAAAAGAUAUGUUGCAGGAUAUGCAUAUAAAAUGUGAGCAGUGCUCCGGUUUGCCUCUUGAUCAGAAUUUGCAGCAGAGCAGUAAAGGAUUCCAUGUGAUUCAAACUGAAAUUCUUUCCUUACUUGCUGUAAGAGCUUAAGUGUAAAAUACCUUCUUUAGUUUUAGGCCUCUGUGAAAAACCUUGAAGCAUGGAGUUGAGGCAAGGAAUGGUACUCACUGAAGUAGAAAUGACUGCCCACUUCAAAAUCUUCAUUGUGUUUAUACACAAAUGUGCUUACAUAUGUCAGAGGCAUUUUGUAGAUGCUAUGCUGACUUGUUCAUCUCUGUAGAAACACAGAAAUCAGACCCAUUUUGUAAAGCAGAAAGUCAUGUCACUUGGAACAUGUCCUGUAUAUAUUUCAUACAUGGUAAUGGAGUCUUAAUGAUAAAUGCAAGGUGAUAAUUUAAUGAUGGGAUUAGUCUGAUCACUUAAUAUGCACAAUCCUGGAAGUGAAUUACUUGCAUCAGAUAUAGUGGUAUUUAUUAUUCUGUACAGAGAGAAAAAUACAUAUAAAACAUAUGCUUAUAUUACAUGCACGCAGAUUUCAUGUUCCAUAAAUCUUUUCUAUUUUUUAAUUUACCUUUCUCUAAUGAUGUGCAUGGAAUAUGCCUUAUACAGAAAAAUGCUGUUCAUAAUUUGACUAUGUGGAAAAGUGCCUAUAUGGUGGUAAUGCUAGUAAGGCAAAUAAGACAAAUUAUCAUAUGAGUUUACUACAUCGCCAGUUAACAUUUUAUAUUGUGAUGUUUAAAAAAGAAAAGUUUAUACCUCAAAUGUGUAUUUUAUUUUACAAUCAGCUGUGGGGUUGGGAUGGGAAUAUGGGAGGGUUGGGGAGGGAAGGUUUAUUAACCUUAAGCCGCUGAUGGGAAUCUUCAAAAAAAUUCUCUAUGCCCACUAUAAAUAUUCCUCUGUUUGCCAUUUUUGGUAACUAUCAUGAACAUGGACAAGUAACUCUUUCAUAACUAAAUUGAAUAGCUUCAUUUUACAAAGGUAUGGAAAACUUAACAAAGCAAUGUCUAAAUCUAAUUAUCAUUAGUUGCAUUUGCACUAACUGUUAGAUACACUUUUGCAAUUCUGUAAAUGAAAUGAUUACACUAAAAAUAUUUGUAUAAAAAAAAAGAAGAUACAUUUUACCUUUAGAUAACUGUACAGGUACUUCACUAGAGUUAAUCCCAUCCAGUCAGAUUUAGAAAUGAGUUGGGGAAUGCGAAAAGAGUUUUAAAGAGCUCAAAAUUGGAGAGGUACUAGCCAUUUUAAACAAUAUUCAGACCCUCUAGAAUUAUUUCUCUGUGGCUGAUUCUUUAAUCAGUAUCUGAAUAUACAUGAUGUUUUCCCAAAAACAGUAAUUUCUUCUGUCUCCCAAACAAAAACAAAAAACAAAAAAAAUGAUCCUUUUACUACUCUCUUUUCAACUAGUUCACUCUUUUGUACUGUGAUAGAAAUUUGGAAAAUACUGGUAAUGAUGGGUUUUGUCCCUGACUGCCCACUGUACAGGACAGGAGAGCACAGUGUUUCACUUGGAACUCAGGACUCCUGAUUUUGAGGUGGAGGGUGAUCACAGCAGCUCUUGGUUUGGGAACACCACAAAGGCGAUCGAGGUAGACCGAGGAGGGGAUGGCUGGGAGGGAGGUGUAAGAACACAAAAUAAGGAAAAGGAAGAAUGGGUUUCCCGUUUGUUGAGUUUCAUCGGCUAACUUGUGCACCUAUACAACAUCAGUGUCAACUGCUAUUGAGAACAUUUUAGUUGGGCUGAGCUGGUUCUCUUGUGAAAUUGUGCUGGUUAAUUAAGCUUAUCAAUUGUUUGUUCAAUUAAACACUUUCACCAGUAUUUAGUCCGAGUUGUACAGACAAUGUAUUUGGAUUACUGUCAUUGUUCACCUACAAACUCAAAACAUAAUCAUUUUAAAGUACCUUGGGAGUGUGUAGAGUGUAACUAUUCUAUAAUAGCUUUAUGAUCCUGAUGAUGUUUUUAAAAAAUAAUAAAGUUGGAUCUUCCAUGUUACAAUCACAAAAUUAAAACCAGUAUUUAAAAGUGGAAAAGUAUUAAAAUAUUAUGGACAAAUGUA